CAGGGGCUAAGCCGACCCUCUAUUUCCUGUAUCCCCGCCCACCUUGGCACGAAUUAUUUGCAUGUUAAAAAAAAAAAAGAAAGAAAGCAGAGACAGAGGGGAAGGGGGACCGAGAGAGAGAGAAAGACGCAAAUCCCGCAAAACCCCGAGAAGUAAUGUCAAGUGAGCCGAGAGCGCACACCGCCAGCCCUGGAGAUGGGAGCUGACAGACCGGCUGGCCGCGGAGGGCAAAUCGAAAAGAAGCAAAACCAGAAGCAGCAGCCGCCACCGAGGAUCGACGCGGGUGCGAAUCCCACCCGUGCGCACACAUGGACCCCUUGAGGGGGGAAGAGCAGUCUGGCAGAGUGCGCACCGCCGAGCCGUUGCGCUUGGAUUACUCUUUAAUGCACUAGAUCGUUUUCACGCAACUUCGUGCGGACUUUUUCGCUUUCUUCUUGGACUCGUUUUGGUGGAUGCUUUUGUUGUGAGCCGCACACGUAUCACGUUGGAAUGAGGAGAUAAGAGCAGAACGCACCGGGAACUUUUUUUUUAUGGAUUGCAAGGAAGCAGCGCAGUUCGUAACUCGCAAUGGCCCAAGCGGAGCCCCCGAAAAAGGCUGCGCUGUACCGGAGCGUUUCCUUCAAGAAGUUGGAAAGCUGGAGCGCUAACAAGGCGCAGGACGCGGUGCCCGGGGGUGGCGCACAUUCUCCGCAGGCCGACACGCUGCACCCCCCAACCGCCGUCGCUGCCUCCUCCUCCUCUUCUUCUUUUUCUUCCUCCUCCUCCUCCUCUUCCAGAAAAGUUUCCAAGAUCUCGGCGGCCAGGAGGUGCUCCCCGCCCUGCAUCGCGCCGGCCAUCCAGCAGCUCCGGCAGCGUUUCACGGCGCCCUCCGGGCCACCGCGCAUGAGGAGGCGGAGGGACAGCGAGCGGGGGGAAGAGGAGGAGCAGGAGCAGCGGGAGGAGGCCGAGUGCUCUGUGCCUCUGCGCCCCGACACCGCCACUGCCGCCGUGCCCAGCGCGUGCCCCUCGCUCCCCGCUGUGCCGAAGACCCAAGGCGGCGACAGUAGCAGCAACAGCAGCGCCGGCGACUGCGCCUGGACCGAGACGAGCAAGUGGCCGAGCGUAACUAAAAUGCGCAAACUUUUUGGAGACGGGCAAGCGCCAAGGUCACCAAAGCUACACACUGGUAGGCAGUGGCACCCACUUGGCCAGGAGGAGCCGUCCGGAGCGCUGAGCCCGGAGCCGAGUGCGGACAGCUGGACGAAGAAGCCCAAGCCUCCGCCCCCUCCCCCGCCGCCCCGCAGCAGCUCCGUCCCGUAUUCCCUGAAAUACUCGCGCCAGCCAGCGGAUAGUUUACAUUCUUCACAUAGCUCCUCCAAACCACAGGCCGGCGUCAAAGGCAGCUCCUGCGAAGAGGAGCACUGGAAAGGCAGAGGGCAAGGCGCCAGUGCCGGAGGCUGCAAGACCAGAUCCCCCGGGAGGUCUUCUGGAAGCGAGGAGGAGGAAGAUGGCCCGUGCCGGGACAGCGGGCGGCGCAGAGCUCUGAGGAAGAAGAAAAGGAGCACAGUGGGGAGUUUGGAGAAUGGGGAGUCAGACGACGGGGAGAACUUGCCACUAAUGGACCCCAUGGAAAAACGUCAAGGAUCCGCUGACUUGGACUGUACAGCGGCCCAAGAUGGGGAAGGGCAGCUACCCCGGUGUAAGGUGACGCGGGCAUCUGAACUGGCCUGCUCCACGGGCACACUGACUAAAGACAAAAGGCCUUGCACCUUUCCCACCCCGCUGACAGCAGGACAUUACCGAGGACUUUCUGAGAACAGGCUUAGCCCCUCGGGGUCAUUUCUGGGAUCGUCCCGAGGCUCCCCCAUCCCUGGGGUUUCCCGCGUGUCAAAAGUCAGCAUUCCUCCCUUUCUGUCCAGCCCAAUGGGUUCCCGGAGCAGCAGCCGCUACUCCAGCACAGAAACACUUAAAGAAGAGGAGCAGGUGCUUUCCUCAUCCUCCGUGCUCAGCAAGAGCUUUCAUGGCAACUUCACCAUGUUCAGGUCCCCAAGUUUUAGCCAUGCCGAUGGCUACUACCGACCCCAAGUGCGAGUGCGGACAAAAAUGCCACUGGGGGUGAAAGCCAAGUCGGAAAUGUCUUCGGAAGAUUCCCGUUUUUCUGCAAAAUCCAGACAUAUGAUGUCUGCAUCGAAUCCUGAUAUCGCCUCCGAGACCUUGACACUACUUAGCUUCCUUAAAAGUGAUCUAUCUGAGCUCAGGGUGAAAAAGAAGGAGGCUGCAGCUGGUGCCCAUGGAGAGGGCAGUGUACACUAUUCCAGCACAUACCACCACCCUGUGAAUCAUAUGCCCGCUUACCGGACAAGGGGGGGACUGAGAAGUCCAGGUUGUACUUCUCCUCAGAACCGUCCCUCCCUUAAGGAGCUGACAGCCACGUUAAGACGAACAAAGUCUUUCACCUAUUCGGAUAAGCCAGCAGGACGGAGACUAACUGGAGGCAGUGUGAUGAAGGUUAGCACUUCAGAGCUUAUGUUGGCCAGCACAGAGGACAGUGAUGCCACUGUUUCAGACAGGGAUGGCGAAGAUGGUCUGGUAUAUGAUGGUCUUCCUUAUCCUCUGCAGGACCAAUAUGUCCAAGAGGCAAGGCAAGUAUUCAAAGACAUCAGUCAAAUAGGGGUGCAGGAUGAAGGCAAUUUUGGAGUGGAGAGCAGGGAAGAUGAGUGUUUCCGACGCAAUGGGGAAACUGCGGAUGUGCACCUGACACAGGUGAUGAGUGACACAGAUUUGACAGAAAGAACAGAAGGUGAGAAGGGUUUGAGAAAUGGGGAUUCUGAAGAGAAUGUGUAUAGCAGGAGGUCUGUGGAUGAGCUGUCUGGACAUGACUCCAGUCUGACAGAUGAGGGGAUUGUGACUGAGCCAGAGAUGGGACCUUUUUGUGGGCCUUUGACGAAGGACCUGCUGACCCAACCACUGACCGUGUGGAAACAAGCUAAUAAUGACUUACAAAGUGAGGGUCGGCCUGCUCUGAUGCCAACAAGGGUGCUUCCUUCCUCAGCACCGGUGGUCAAGACCAAGUCUGAAAGUGUAACGAUAUGUGGAGAUGUUUCCUAUGGUCAAAGCACAAGGCAUGGGCCCCUGGAGGCCCCGUCAACACCAAGUGCUAUUCGGCGGAGAAGAAAGUUUUCUUCAGCUGGCAACAACAGUUCUGAUUCCAGCAAUGGCAGCAAUGGUGAGUCCAGUGGGGAAGCCUACCGGUCCCUCAGUGACCCCAUGCCCCAUAGAAGGUGCUCCAUCCCAGAAGACACCAAGAAUUUCUCAGUCGACAGCAACCUGCUUGGCUCUUUGAACACCAAGAAUGGCAUGCCAGAACUGUCUGCUACAGACCUUUCGGAGUUCACAGGGAGUGCAGCCAGCGACCUGUCCGUCUGCAGCGACUGCCUUAAGGACUACAAUAUGGUGAUUCAAAGUAUUGUGAGGGAGCCUGGCGCCAUGGACAAGCUCAAUGAUGAGAAAGGAAAUGGCAAGAUGGUAAAGAAGAAGUCAUUCAGUGAUCCCAGCCGCCGGGGGGAGUCCGCCACAGCUGGAUUUCAAAGCUUAAGUGAACCCAUUAACGAAAUGGACCAGGCCAUCCCUCCCUCCAGCAGUGAGCCCAUUCUGUCUGAGCAGAGGGACGAGGUGCGAGAGUUGCAGGAAUUGGGCAAGACAGAUGGUAAGUCACGUUCGAGGUCUGAGCAUCUACUGCCCUCUCACUUGGAAUCGGAAGCUCCUGAAUUGAAUCCUGAAUUUGCCUUUGACCCUAAACUGGUGGAAGUCCUAUCCCCCCGUGUGGUCCGGCGAAGCUCUAAAAAGCGUACCAAUCGGGUCUCGCACCAAGAGAGUGGCAAACUGCAGCAAGUCUUGGAGCAACCAACUCUGUCUCUGACCAAAAGUAGACCAACAGCAAAACAUAUUCGGCACACCAGUGAGCCAGCCACUUUCAUACCCAUUGCUUCCGCUGAGGUGCCUGUUCCACAGAGUCACCCAGUUAGCAUCACUGUGCCCGAGCCCUCCAGGGGAUCACAAAAACCUUUUCAUAUAGUUCAGUCUCCAUCUCUGGAGGAGGAGUCCAAGAAGUACAUGUUGGCAUUGAAUGUUGGUGACGUGCAGGUUCCUACCAUGCUUGAUACCUCAAAAUCCACACCAGUGACCCCAACCACUGGAGUACCAAAGAUGCCACGCAAGCCCAGCGAAGAUCUGAGCCCUCUUCCUCACAAGAGCAAGCCACAAGUGGAUAUGAGAAAGCAUGUCAUGAUGACCCUAUUGGACACAGAACAGUCUUAUGUGGAGUCCCUUCGCACUUUAAUCCAGGGCUACAUGAGGCCCCUGAAGCAGCCUGAGAACUCUGUCAUCUGUGAUCCUGGGUUGGUAGAUGAGAUGUUCUAUCAGAUCCCUGAAAUCCUGGAGCACCAUGAACAGUUUCUUGAGCAGAUCCUGACAUGUGUGCAAGAGUGGCACGACAAGCAGAAAGUAGGAGACCUCCUCAUUGAGUCUUUUUCAAAGGAUAUCCUUGUCAACAUUUAUUCAGCAUACAUUGAUAACUUCCUGAAUGCCAAAGAUGCCGUGAGGAUAGCCAAGGAAGCCAAGCCUGCAUUUAUGAAAUUUUUAGAGCAAUGUAUGAGGGAAAACAAAGAGAAGCAGGCCCUGUCUGACCUAAUGAUCAAGCCAGUUCAAAGAAUACCACGUUAUGAGCUUCUUGUCAAGGACCUACUGAAGCACACCCCAGAGGAUCACCCAGACCACCCUUUCCUAAUAGAUGCUCAGAAAAAUAUUAAACAACUAGCUGAGAGAAUCAACAAGGGGCGAAAGAAUGCCGAGGAGGUAGAAAGAGAAACACGAGUGCUGCAGGAAAUAGAGGCGCACAUUGAAGGCAUGGAGAAUCUUUUAACUCCUCAGAGGAAAUUUCUGCGACAAGAGAUAGUGGUAGAAGUGAAAGCAGUUGGGGGCAAGAAGGACCGUUCACUGUUUCUCUUUACCGACUUGCUUGUGUGCACGACACUAAAGCGAAAGUCUGGAUCUCUCAGACGCAGCUCCAUGAGCUUGUACACUGUAGCAAGCGUUAUAGACACAUCAAGCAAAUACAAGCUACUGUGGAAGCUGCCUUUAGAAGAUAUGGAAAUGGUGAAAGGUACUUCUCAAGCAGCCAACCGCGAGAACAUCCAAAAAACAAUCGGACGUCUUGAUGAGGACCUGAGCACCCUGGGGCAGAUUAGCAAACUAUCAGAGACCCUCAGCUUUCCCCAUCAGAGCCUGGAUGAUGUGAUCAAAGACCUAAUGGCAGCAGUUCACCGUGAACUGGCAGAGAAGCAGUCUCUUUCCUUCAGCAUGACUUUCCCACCUAACAAAGUGGAGCUAACCACACCAUCCAUCGAGGGAACAUUUGUGUUUGAAUUUAGCGGACCUGACACACGCAGUAACUUUGAGCAGGCCUUUGAGGAUGCCAAGAAGAAGCUGGCACUGAAUAAAGAUCACUGGGACCCAGAGUUCUUGAAGGCUAUACCUAUCAUGAAGACACGAAGUGGAAUGCAGUUUUCCUGCGCCUCUCCCAGCCACAGCUGCCCAGAUAACAUGUAUGAGGUGUGGGUUUGUAACAGUGAUGGCUACGUAGGACAGGUGUGCCUCCUGAACAUUAAGAACGAGCCCACCGUAGAGGCGUGCAUCGCUGUGUGUUCAGCAAGGAUCAUCUGCAUCGCUGCAGUGCCAGGCCUCAAGGCAAGGGACCGUGGAGAUGCCAUAUUGUGUCCUCCCUGCACAGAACCUACUGCUGGAUCAGAGCAGAGGCUCCACAUUUCAAUCUCGGGCUCUUCCCUGGAAUUGACGAACCCAUCUGAGAGAACAGAACGAGAGCUGGUGCCCUUUGACAGUGAUGAUACUGAUGAUGAAUCCUCUCCUAGUCCUUCUUCCACGUUGCAGAGCCAGGCCAGCCAAUCCACUAUUGCCUCUAGCUUUGUGGAGGAAACAGCCAGCACUAAAGACACUGCAGCAGAGACAACAAGCUCAGACGAGGACCAAGAUUACACUGCCAUUCCCAGUUCAUUUGGCCCAUCACGGCUGAGCAGUGAAAGCCCAUUGGAUGGCCGGGCAAGGAGACGCUCAAGCAGGGGAUCUUUCACCAGGGGAAGCCUAGAGGACUUGCUGAGCAUUGAUCCAGAAGCCUACCAAAGUUCUGUGUGGCUCGGGACAGAGGAUGGCUGCAUUCAUGUAUAUCAGUCAUCAGACAACAUUCGCAACAGAAAGAACAGCAUGAAAAUGCAACACUCAGCCUCUGUUCUGUGCAUACUGUACCUUGAUAAUAAAGUUUUUGUGUCUCUUGCAAAUGGUGACAUUAUCGUCUAUCAAAGGGAAGCAGGAAGUUUUUGGGACCCCCAGAAUUCGCAGACAAUCUGCUUGGGAACUCCAGGGAGUCCGAUUACAAAAAUGGUGCCUGUAGCAGGAAAGUUGUGGUGUGGUUGUCAGAACCGAGUUCUGGUCAUCAAUACAGUAACUUUGUCGCAGGAGCACAUGUUUCAUGUGGGACAAGAUAGUAAUCGCUGUGUAACCAGCAUGGUCGGCUAUGGCCAGGGGGUUUGGAUAGCCCUCCAGAGCAGCGCUCAAGUGAGGCUGUACCAUGCCACUACUUACGAGAGCCUGACAGAAGUGGAUGUGGCACCAGCUGUCCACAAAAUGUUAGCCGGGUCAGAUGCUAUAAUCCGUCAGCAUAAGGCGGCCUGUCUGCGUAUUACUGCCCUUCUCGCCUGCAAGGACUUGCUGUGGAUUGGCACCAGUGCAGGCGUUGUGCUUACCCUGACCAUUCCAGCCAUCUCCACUAGCACCAGCACCAGCUCCCUCCGCAUCCCUCUAGUGCCAAUGGGAUCAGCACAUGGGCACACAGGUCAUGUGCGUUUCCUCACUUCCAUCGAGCUCCCUGAAGACUUCGAACUUGCUUUCCCUGUGACCCGGGACCAAGGGAACUCUCCACAAGAUCAUGAGACGCCCCCCGCCUUGCAACGUUCAGAGACGACGAAGCGCAGAGCGUCCACCAUCUUACAGGCCAAGUCGAAUAUGCUUGUGAUCAGUGGUGGUGAUGGCUACGAGGACUUCCGGCUCACCAACAGCAGCGAGACAGUGGGGAGAGACGACAGCACCAACCACCUGCUGCUCUGGAGGGUGUGACCUUACAGCAGCGCCUUGCCCACCAUCAGCCCUGCGCCAAGCACUGGCCCGCCAGACGCACACUCUGCCUGAGGUCACCCCGGCCCCCCAAUGCAUUCCAUCUCAUGUCAUGUCACUCUGUCGUCAUCUGCUGGAUUUCAGUUUUUUGUUUUAAGCCGCCUUCUUUUGCUCAGACCCUUUUCUGUGCAUACAUGGCUGUGUAUCACAAAGCGCAAGUGAAAUAUUUCAUUUUGUACACGUUGAUUGGUGCAGGAAUUUUCCCAGAAAACUGGGAAGAAGAAAAACAGGAGAGGGAAUCUGGGGAAUUGCACAUCAACAAGUAGAUCGGAAAACAAAAACAAGCAUCCAGUGCUGGCUUGAGCUACCCAGAUGCCCUGAGCUUGCAUGGUGACCCUUCAGACCCCCAGCGGAAUAAUGGAGGGCUGCAUGCACUUCGUGUCAGCCAGAUGAAUGUGACACGGGCCUCGAGGUCCGGUGGGCUUGGCCUCCCGUCAAAGAAGCCAAAGCGCAAAGAGAGGAUGCCGAAUGACUGUGUGACGGCACUUUUGAUUUUCGUUCUGCACGUGCCAACCAAGCGUGGAGUUUUGUUUUUUGUUUUUUAACAUUCUAUUAACUGCCAUUUAAUCUUCUCCUGGAUGGAAGCGACGUGAUGAAGGCUUUCCCUUGUGUCUUAUCUACUGUUUUUGUGCUUGGUUGCCUCAGACUGACACAUUCACAAUGAAGACAUUUUGUGGUUUUAUUUUAUUAAUUUUUUUUUUUUUUUUAUCGUUGUUCGUUUUUGAAGAACUGAAGAGAGUUUGUGUGAUGAACAGUUACAUGUGCAAUAUUUGGCUAAGAUGUCGAACAGCAGCACCAUUCCUUUGUGUGAACUGCAGUGGACCAUUUGGUGUUUCAAAGUCGAAGUGGACUUCUCUUCAGAUUCAGAAUUCAUCCUGGCCACAUCCUCACUUGAUUUUAUGUGUGUGUGUGUGUUUUUGUUAUUUUUUUAUGUUUUAAAAGUCUGUAGUUUAAACCUGAACUGUUUAGUCUGAGCUUCUCACCAGCCGCUCUUGUACAGUAUUUAUGUUUUUUUUAAUUGUGUUCUCUUUUACAGCACUUAAUUUAUAUACAUGUAUCUUUUCCUUCGACCUUAAGAUGAUGGGAAGGGGGGCCAAGUUGUAAAUAGACUCCCAGAAAACCUCGCGUCCAUCCCUCCUGUCCUCCUUGACUGUAGCCACCAGCAUUUCUGGGCAUUGCUUGUUCAUAGAAGGCACCUUUCAUCCCAAACGUGGAACUUUUGACCACCUAGACAUGGGCAACCAAAGUGAUGUCCACCGAGUUACACCAGGAGCUGGGGGGCUGCACCGAACAUUCUUAUGGUUUCAAGGGCCGCUGCUUGGUCACGGGCAGAGAAGUGUGCUGCUAACACAGCGGCCGAGAGACCAGUCAGUCAGCAGCAGUUGUUCUGUAGGACAUGGCAGACACUACACUGGAAACUGGAAUCCCUCUGCUUACAGGUGUGCCCACCACAGUUUUAGCAAACAAGCACAAAGGGGGUCCAAAUUUUUGAUUUCCAAAAGCGGCGUCUCAAGGACAGCCAGGAGCCACUCACUGGUCUCUUAAGCCUUCACUGCACCAUCGUCCAGUGAGUCUGUUAAAUGGGCAAGUGGUGGACUUUCUUAACCAUGUGUUCCAAGCCCCCAGCUGUUCAGUUUUCAUUUAGGUUGACCAUUUCCUGAGGCUAAGAUCAGAGUAGCAAAGUCGGCUUCAUUGCUCACUAAUCCAUAGUGAAAAGUUUUGUUCUGUCAUAAAAUUGUCACCAGUAGGCUGGACUUCACUUUGUACUUAAUGUUGUUCAAGAUGAAUGAUCCUUCUGCAGUGACACCCAGUCCAGCACUGACCAGAGUAGAGAGUCGAGUCUCCCUUGAUGAGUGUGACAGGACUGCCACCUCAGGAAUGACUAUUGUCAUAGGCUUCUAGAAAGACACAGGCUUGGGAAGAACGUCUCUGCUUGAAUGACAACCUGAAGGAUGUUCAGAUGAUUUGAGAAUGAAGCUGCUGGGUUCUUGUUUCAGUGUGGGAAAGUGGAGCCUGUUUAUAGGUCAGAACAUUGUGAGGCACUGUGUCGUCAUAGUAUGAUGACAGAGAUAAGAUGAGGAUGUCACUUGACAUAGUGUCCCACAAAGCGAUCGGCACGUUAUUCCAGAGGCCGAAGGUCUCAUCUUGGCAUGUCAUCAAAAGUAUUCCCAGCAGUGCGUGGGCCGCCGUCCACUGCUGGAGGAUAGCAAUGUUUGUCACUUGUGUUCCAGCUGAGUGUUUAAUGACAGUUGAAUGAUUGAAACGUUUUCUUGUUCGGACCGCUCACCCGUCAAGUCCAGGUCCUCUGGAGUUUCCACUGUCUUUAAUAGGAGUGUUUGUCGCCUAGCGACUGCAUAGUUUACUCAGUUUGGCUUCCUGCUUGCCUAGUUGUGUAUUAGCAGGUCCAGAGUUACCCAUCAGCACUGUCUUUCUGUUCAUGUCUGUUCAAAGAUGAAUUGUGAUUUGUUGGGCACUCACCCAUGAGAGUUUUGGUCAUAGAUGAGGGCAUUAAUUAUGCACAGCGUGUCCUCGCAAAGCCACCUAAUCACAGACAGCAGACGCACGGCAUGUGGCUUCACAUUCGAUAUUGAAGUAUUAGGAAUUUGAUGAAUCAUAAGGUUUAGUGGCAUUUAAAAUGGAAUCGUGGAGUAGCUUUGAAGAGGCCGGCGUGAAAGGCCAACAUGUAGUGAAGAUGUCAAAUUAUGAAAAGAAUUCCAACUAAAAAGUCCUGAGCACAGUGCACUGUGGGAAAGGUAGAUUUGGGAAAAGGUAAACCUCUGUCCAGUAAAAGAAGGUGACAAGCAGUGGCCAUGAGACCCGGGCGGGCACCCAGCUCUAGGCGAGGUCUUUCCCUCAAACUAUGACCAAACCCUGGCCCUGAGGCCGUGGCUGAUGCCCACUGGUUAGCUUCACACACGUCAUUCGGAGAGUCCCUUCGAUCCAGCAUACAGAAGCCUCACGUGUCCAGCAGGUUUCAGGGGUCAAGUCCUCUGCUGCCACCUUGUCCUUCAAAAUGUCACAUACACAUGUCAUUGUGGAAAGACCUCCGUCAGUUUUUGCCUGCACCUUUUCUUGCAAACUGCUUCUCUGUAAACAUACAAAUAUAAAAAGGUGCCAAUGAGUUCUCACAAAUCAGGGGUGAGGAGCAAAACACUGGCACCAGUUCAUCUAAGAGGCAUGGCGCGAUACGGUGGGCUGCACCAAAUGUACCCGUCUAUGAAGUUGAAUGUAUGCUGCCCCCCCUUGCUUUCGUUGUUCUAGCAAAUAAUAAAGUUGAUCAGCAGAAAUGGUGCCUCCUCUCGGCGGGCGCGGGGCACUGUAGUCAGUAAGGCCCCACCCCCCCGCCUGCCGCUCGGAUGUCCUGUAAAUUGGGGGCUUUGUCGCCUUGUGCUGUACAUACUGAUCCCAGUGCUCACUGUCGAUAUGAAUCUAACUGCAUAUUUUUAUAAACUUGUUUCUUUUUUUGUCUCCUUUAGGUACAUCUAUUGUGCUGUUGCGUUUAAAUUAUAACUACCACAGUAUUUUAAAGAAAUACUUUUACUCUAAAACUAUUACAGAUCACAAUAGCAGCUCAUGGUUAUAUCACAUAUUCAUUCCUGUUACGUUUUUGUCACUGUGGGAUCUUUGUAAUUAAAAUUUCACUGGUGCCAGAUUGUCAA